AUGGUGUUGAAUGACUAUCCGGAGCCGGAAAGGGUGGGAUGUGGCUUCAGUGCGUUCAGGGAAAUAGACGAAGUGACCGCUUUGAUAGCGGAAUUGAGAAAGCCAGACCUGUCGCCCAGUCUCGUCGAGAGGAACAGGGAUCGUUUUAACUUCAUUCUGUCACAGUAUCAGGACCAACAUCAGCUCCUGGAUCCGUAUCUCGAGAGGAUUCUGGGUUCCCUGUUGUCGAUUAUCAAAGAUGACAACUGUACAGAAAGCAUCAAGCACAACACGUUCAAAUAUCUAUUUAUCAUCAUGUCUGUGAAAACGUACAAAAAGAUUGUCACUUAUCUUCCGCACGAGGUGGUAGACCUUUUACCUGUACUAAGGAUGCUUGAAAAGCAAGAUCCAAAUGAUGUGGAGACUUGGGAAACCAGAUAUGUUCUCCUCGUAUGGUUAUCCAUUAUCUCGAAAAUACCAUUUCCCCUCUCUCGCCUCGAGAUGUCUGAGAAUGUAGAUUUGGAGCAAACUAUUGUUGUCAGGAUUUUAAAAGUAUGUAAAUUGUAUUGCUUGUCUAAAGAUGCAUGCGCCGUGGCAGCAGUGUUUUUAAUAGCAAAUUUUUUAACAAGGUCAGAUGUCAAGAAAUUAUAUCUGGAGGAAAUGAUUAUGUGGUGUCUAAAAUGCAUAGAAAAUGAUCCUUUGAGGCAUGGACCUUUGGCUGUAAUAGCCUCGAUAUUGAAACACAGUGCCAGAGAAGAUGUUAAGCCGUACAGCCAAAUGCUUCUCGAUAAUAUGUUGAAGCUUCGUCUAAGUGACAAUCCUGCAGAUCUUAUUAGGAAAUUUGGCAUAAAAGUUGUUCAGCGCAUAGGUUUGGUAUUGUUGAGGACAAAAUUAGCAUCCUGGCGCUAUCAAAAGACAAGUCGGCCGAUAAACAUUAUGCCUAAUAUUAAAGAUAAUAUAGAUAAUAUUGAUAAUAUUGAGAGUAUUAUCGAUUUUAAGAAAAGUAUUUCAAACGAUAAUGAAGAUCAAGAGAUUCCUCCGGUCAUCGAGGAUAUAAUAGAGCAACUCAUACAAGGUCUCCGGGAUAAAGCAAUUACAAUAAGAUGGUCUGCAGCAAAAGGUAUUGGCAGAAUAACGGCGAGAUUGCCAGUAGACUUAGCUGACGACGUGCUAGGAUUCGUGUUGAACCUAUUUUCUGGACGUGAAUCAGAUUCAGCCUGGCACGGCGGAUGUUUAGCGCUUGCGGAACUUGGAAGACGUGGCCUAUUGUUACCCCAUCGCCUGAGCGACGUUAUUCCCGUAGUUCUGCAGGCUCUGGUCUUCGACGAACCUAGAGCUUAUGGAUCGAUCGGUUACCUAAUCCGGGAUGCCGCUUGCUACAUAUGCUGGUCCUUUCCGAGAGCCUACGAUCCGCAUAUUUUCGAACCCUACGUUAAGGAAAUCGCGGCGAUGCUAUUAGUGGUGACGUGCUUCGAUCGAGAAAUAAACUGUAGAAGGGCAGCGUCCGCCGCGUUUCAAGAAAACGUUGGAAGGCAGGGCAACUUCCCGCACGGUAUAGAUAUAUUGACUGUUGCCGAUUAUUUCGAAGUUGGUGUGAGGAGUCACACGUAUCUCAAAAUCAGUGUGCAGAUCGCGCAGUACGAAGAGUACACCAAACCUUUAAUAGACCACCUAGUCGCGAAGAAGGUAACGCAUUGGGACACCGCGAUCAGGGAACUCUCGGCUCGAUCGCUUUUCAAUUUGACACCAGCUGAUCCGCAUUACAUGAUAGACACUGUACUACCGGCAUUAUUGGACAUGCUAAAUUCGAUCGAUCUGAACGUUAGGCACGGCGCGGUAUUAGCCAUCGCGGAAAUUCUGGAAGCUUUAUAUAAUCACUUUAAUGACAAAAUUGAAAAUAUUAUUGGAGCGACGGCCGUAACUAAUAUACAGAACAUAGUACGAACUUUGAGAAGCAGAGGACAAUUCAAAGGGCUUGGAGGAGAGCUCAUGAAACAGGCUUGUGCUGUGCUCAUAAAGAAAUGUUCUGUUGUCCAUUUUCCUGUCCACUUUACAGAUGUUAUUGAUGACUGGCAGAAGUUAUUAGAGGAAUGCUUGAGCCACGAGGUGUCGGCGGUAAAAUUGAAGGCGGCCGAAGCACAUACGAAUUUCUUCGUAGAAUAUUACGACGUAGACAUCGACUAUAAUGCUCGAAGUGCUGUAAUUAAUCGUUAUUUGGAAUCUUUACGAUCGAAUAAUCAGCCCAUAAGAAUAGGAUUUGCACAAGCAAUAGGUCAUUUUCCGUUAUUUGUGAUUCGCGAGAGGGUCAAAGAUAUUAUAGAAACUUUAACAAGAUGCACUCACAUAUCCGAAAGCACGUUGAAAUGGGCGGAAAGCAGAAAGGAAGCUUUACAUUCUUUAACAAUGGUGUUGCAAACAUUAGGAGUUGACGAAGCUGGUAAAGUCCCUAUGCGUUUUCACAUUUCAAUCGACAAUCUGCUAAUCAUUUAUAGAAUUUGUACAGUGCAAUGUGUAUGCUUCUCAGAUAAGUGGCAGUCAUUUAUACCAGAUUUGUACGGUUGCUAUCUAUUGGCUCUCAAGGAAUAUACAAUUGAUAGUCGUGGAGACAUUGGCGCUUGGGUGAGAGAAGCAGCUAUGAUUGGAUUGCAUGUAUUGACAAAUCUAGUGUCGCAAGCGAAAUUGUUAUCUGCGUUAAACGAAAGCUUGAUGGCUAGUAUUAUCGGUGGUGUUGCACAACAAGCUGUUGAAAGAAUAGAUGGAAUUCGAGCACAGGCUGGGACUGUAUUUAGCGCGCUUAUACAUAGCGACCCACCGCUUCCAAAUAUUCCAUAUCAUAACGAGUUAAAAGCUAUAUUCCCCUACAACGAAUGUAAGGAGACUAUUGAGUGGAGAAUGGAAUCCGCGACGUUCCCGCGAUUCAUCAAGCUGCUAACUUUUCAACCGUAUAAAAUGAAUCUGUUACAUGGAAUUAUAUUCAGUGUUGGCGGCUUAAGCGAGUCAUUGGUGAAAUACUCAAGUGUUUCCUUAUUUAAUUAUCUGCAAGAAAUCGAUGAAGCAGGUUUGAAGGAUUUAUGUGAGAAGAUACUAAACAUAUUCGAAGAGAGUCAUAAGAAUGAGAGAAUGAUAACAUCGAUGUUAGCUUUCCUAGACCGUUUAUUGAGCUCAGGCUGCAUCCAGUCUAUUCUGGACGACGCAGAUAAUACAAUCUCGGAACGUAUACUAGCGCUAUUGAAGCAUGAAAUAAAAUAUUCCAGCAAUAUGAAACUGCUCAUCAGUAGUAUAAAUGUUUUUUGUCAAUUGCUACAGGUGCGAGGUCCCGUUGCAAAGAGAGCAUUUUGUCAAUUGAGUAUAUUUUUGUGCCACAAGUACACGUGCUUAAGAAAAACAACGGCUUUACGUACUUACGAAGCAUUAACUCUUUAUGGAGAGGAGAUGGAUGUAGCGGAGGAAGAUUUAGCAAAUAUACUCGUACAAUUAAAUGCAACGGAUUGGGAACAACCUAUCGUAGAUCUACGUCCGAUAAGAAAUCAUUUGUGCGAGCUGAUGAAAGUACCUGCUCCAGUUUUGCAAAUAAAACCGACGAAUUAGGAAAGGCUACUUGAUACAUCACAAAAAUCUUAAUGCUUUUCUUUAUAAAGAAUUAUAUUUUAUUCUUAUAUUUAUAUAACACAUAACAGAGCAAGAUAACUUUAAUUGAAUAUGCUAAAUAACUAAAGCAGAAGUUUUGGCAGUUUUUACGGUCAAGUUAAGACUUUAAUACUAAAUUGCAAUACUGUUUGCAGUUUAAAAAUAUUGUACAUAUGUAUAUGCACAUGUAAGGAUACAUAAUUUUUUUUCCAUCAUGUGCAGGCCUAUAUAUUUUGUAAAAUGCAUUUUAUAAUUUCUAUUGUAUUAUUUUAUACAGAGAAUGAGAAUUGUGUAAAAAAUAUUUCUGUAAUACUAAAAUAGAAAUACUUGCAUUCA